ACCUCUCCCUCUCUCAUUCAUCAACACUCAUCGAUUCAUUGACCUUGGAAUAUGGCCUCGCCAGCACCUCCACCUUAUGGGCCUCCACCUGGUAAUCCUGAUAGACGUCCUUUGCCUCCCGGGUGGGUCUCGCGAUAUGACGAUAGAUAUGGAACAUGGUUCUAUGUAAAUACCAACGAUAAUCCUCCUCGUUCCUCCUGGGAACAUCCCGCAGGGCCUGAUCGUGGAGGACCUCCUCCUCCUGGUCCUAAUUAUCCUGCUGGCGGGGCAUAUGGCGCAGGAUAUGGUGGUCCUCCCGAACGUGGAUGGGGUGGCCCGUCGCCACAGCCGGGAUAUGGAGGUGGCUAUGGUGGUCCUCCUCCUCAGCAGGGAUAUGGUGGAUACGGCGGAGGAUACGGUGGUCCGCCGCCACAGCAGGGUUACGGUGGUCCUCAAUAUCAGCAGCCGCCUCCCCAAGGGUAUUAUCAGCAGCCCGUACAAGAACAGCAACGCGGUAAAUUUGGAUUUGGAGGAGGAAGUAGCAGUGGUGGAGGUGGUGGAGGUGGCAUAGGGUUGGGCAAGGCAGCUCUCAUUGGUGGUGGUGGUCUUCUUGCCGGUGCUUUGAUCACGGAUGCCAUUGAGGAUCACGAGGAUCACGAGGAAAGGGAAGCUUACGACCAGGGCUACCAGAAUGGGCAACAGGACGAUUAUGGUGGAGGAGGUCCCGGUGGCGGAGGCGACUUUGGCGGUGGCGGAGGCGAUUUCGGUGGAGGCGACGACUUUGGUGGUGGAGACUGGUAGAGCUUUCUUUACAACUUCAUCGCAUGGUCCCUCUGAGUGGCCAUGUCAGCCAAGCCGUCCCUUCCUUGUAUUUCUGGUUUGCCUGUAUAUUCCUUCUUUGUCGUGUCGCAUCAGUCUUUCGGCUGGAAGUUAAGUAUUUUCGCUAUCGUGUCAUGAUUGGAAGUUGUAGUAUGUAUCAUUGGCCAGAGUAUUUGCUCUUUCGUCUUCAGAUGGAAAUGGUGGCUAGUACAUUU